AUGGCCACGCCGCAAGGUACUGCAGCCUACAAGAAAAAAGAUGGUGUCCUCACUGUUAGCGAUGACCAGAAGUCCGUACUUUGGACUCCAGCUGCGGCUCCAGGAGGACCGCCCACCGUGACUCUGGCCGUCGCCAAUAUCACUAACCUUCAGCAAACGCCGGACUCGUCGCCCAAGGUGAUGCUCAAGAUCUUCGAAAAAGCACCAGACGCAGGAGAACCCACCGCUUACUUGUUCCACUUCAACUCGACUGGCGAUGCCAGAGGGGAGGCAAAUGCUGUGAAGGACCUUCUUUCGAGAUUGCUCGCCGAGUUGCGGAGCAAUGAUCCCAGCGUUCCUAGACCAACUGCUGCAGCCGCCAAUGCUUCAGCCGCUGGAGGCAGCGGCUCUGGUGCCAUGGCCUUUGCCAGUGCAGUAAAUGCCAAGCCGGCAAAUGCCCGUAUAUUUGAUGAUAGCCAGCUCAAAAACGAUAUCGCACUCCAGCAGUCGCUUAUGAAAGCGGAUCGAGGUCUUCAUCAGAUGUACAUGGAGGCGCGCACAACCAAGCCUGACUCCAUGUCCGAUGCUACCUUCAACGCUCAAUUCUGGUCGACGAGGACCAAUCUUCUACGUGCUCAUGCCAUCGAAGUCGGCCAAAAGAAGGGACCCUAUAACAUCCUAUCCGUGGCGAAGCCCGUCUCAGAGUCGAGCGCGGAUCCCAACCAACCGGAUAAGCAGAAGUUGAGCAUCACCGUGGAGCAGGUUCAGCUUAUCCUCAACCAACACCCUCUUGUCAAGCGUAUCUACAACGAGAAUGUGCCACCAUUGACGGAGAAUGAAUUUUGGGAACGAUUCUUUCUCAGCAAGCUUGUGAAAAAGCUGAGAGGAGAGCGUCCAGCCGGGAACGAGCAGCCUGACAAGGUCUUCGACAAGUACAACGAGUAUGAGAAUAUCACAGCCUUCUCGAAUAAACUAUUAACACAACAUGUACCGCAUAUUAUCGACCUGGAAGGCAAUGAGGAAAACCAGGGUGGUUUCAAAAGCGGCAACGGUAAAGAUGUCGAAAUGCGACCCAGAGGCUGGCAACAAGUGCCUAUCAUGCAGACUUUAAACAGUAUAAGUGGCAAACUGCUCAACAAUGUCGCUCCUGCCGACACUGACUUGAUGGAUCCCUCAAGAGUGGAAGAAGAUGAAGUAUAUGGUCAACUUGCGCUCCGUGAUCUGCGUGGUGACGCCGAGGAACAGCGGGUCAUUUUGAAUAUCAGAGAGCAGAGCCGCUUCUUCUCCGCUCAAAAAGAUGCAAGUGCAACAUCAGACGAUGUCUACGGCAAGCAGGAUCCAACUCAAGCCUUGAGAGGCGUCAAAAGAGACUUGAGUCAACUGUACAUUGGACAUGCAACAGGUGUCGACCUUCACGCAGCAAUUGGCAUCGACGACGAGAGUGAUAGCGACGACGAAGCAGCGAAGCGUGUCCAUGUCGGAUCGCGCGCCUCAAGAAAAGGCGCACAAAGGCAAAUACUCGACAGCAUGCUGCAGAGACGAACCCAGCUUUUUGGCCAUACGUCCGAUGAUACUACGCCAAUGGGGUUGCCGGCAGAAAUUGCCGCGAAAUGUAACCUGACUCAUGCUACUACCAUGGAAUUCGUCAAUCAAUUCUGGUCUGCUUUCCUUUCCGGAGACCCGGACCGAGCUGCGGAAAUCGGAUACCUGGUGGAGUCGCUGAAGCGGUGCAAGGAGCGUAUUGCUGUUGUUGCCGCUGAGGCAGAAAAGGCACGGGAGGAAGUCAUUGCAAGAAAGAAGGACGAUAUCAUCAGAAUCUAUGAGCGGACGAGAAAGAAGAUCAAGUUUAAUCCAAAAUCCGUCCGGGGUGGUCGAGAUGCAGUGGAAAAGUUGAUGCAGCCAGUCACCCAGUCGCUCGACAGAGCCACAUCAGAUUAUCAAAGAGCGCUAGCUGCAGAAGGCCUGCAGUUUAGUACGGAAAUCUAA